AUGGCGGCUGCUGCGGAUGAUGUAGGUGUUGGGAGGCUAACUGAACGGUGGGCUGAUAUGGUGCUGGAAGACGAAGCAGAGAGCUUCGAGCCUGUUGUUGAUGGCGAGGAGGCUCAUGCAGGAGGGGCGGCAACGUGGGUAAUCAUUGGUCGUUUUUUAACGACCAAACUGGUGAAAGUCGAAUUUAUGAGGCAGGUGAUGGCAUCAGUCUGGCGUCCGGUUAAAGGGGUUCAAAUUCCGGAAGUCCAGCCGAAUUUAUUCAUGUUUGUUUUCUACCAUGAGUCCGAUAUGCGUUACGUUCUUGAAGAAGGACCGUGGUCGUUCGAGAAUAAUACGUUGAUAUGUCGACAGCUUGUUGAUGGCGUGCUGCCUGGUGAUGUGGUCCUCGAUUCGGUCGACAUGUGGGUUCAGGUGCAUGAUCUCCCCCUUGGGUAUACAUCUGAUCUGGUGCUGGAGCAAAUUGGAAACUUUCUAGGAGCAUUUGUGCGUUGCGAUGAAAGGUUCGCCGGAGCACCAUGGCGGACGUUUUACCGCAUACGAGUCGCAAUUCCAGUAGGUCGUCCCAUCCGACGUCGAAUGAAUCUGGUGAAAAGGGAUAAAUCUUCCAGCUGGGUGUCCUUCCGGUAUGAAAGUUUGCACACCUAUUGUUUUUUCUGUGGAAUGUUAGGGCAUUCCUACAAAUUUUGCUUGAAGGCUAGGGAGUCCACCAUGCCGUUGGAGCAAUACCCGUAUGGUGCGGAGUUACGGGCUGGUGGAUCUCGGGGACCGAGAGCUGUGGGGGAGCCGUGGCUUAUUCCCUUGACAGGCCCGCCUAAGUAG